AAGGGCGCGGGCAAGGCCGGCGGCUCAGUCGCGCCUUCUGGGCGAGGGCGUCCCUUCUCUCUGUCCCGCGUGCUUCGGUCCCUCGCCGAGUCGCCCCACCGCACUCACGCACGCCGCCACCCUCCUCCCGCCCGGCCUUGUCCUGUGCCAGCACUUGCGUGUCACCGCACUUUUUCUGCCUCGCCUCCCAUCCUUUUUCGUGGGAAGAAGCGUUUCCCCGCUGCUGGAAAAGCCUGGGGACAACCCCGGAGCGGCUCAGGGCAGCCGCGCCAGAACGGCUCCAGAUGGCGCAGGAUGGCCCCCUGUGUUGAGAGGAAGCCUUUUCACUUGAGCUGGGACUCGGGAGAUCCUGCUGCUACUCCUUACUCGACCGUGAAGCUCUUCCCGUGACUGUGGGCCAGUCAGUGACUCUCAGCCUAGCCUACCUCGCAGGAUUGUUGUGAGGAUGAAAAGAGAGGAGGAGCUCAUGUUUGACCCUAAGGAAAAUGAAACUACAAGUGCACUUUAUCACAGAAAGGAAAGCAACCCCCUCCCAGAGCUAUUAAAGAUUUCAGUCUGUGAAAAUAAAAACCUCUCCACAGAAGAACUGAGCAGAUCCACCACUCAGGAGGAAUUAAAGAAAGCUAGUAGCCUUCCUAGUUUGGCUCAUGAAGGGAAAACUGCCAGUACUGACAGACAGAUCAAAGAAGGGUUUUUCCAGUAUCUUGGGAGUUUAUUUGGUAUUGCUUCAAAACCAUCCUACACAGAAAGUGAGCAAUCCACCCCUGCAAAUGUACACCACAAAGCUGGCCAUGAAGGAAGUGGACAUACAGAACAUCACAAAACAGAAAUAUUUGUUAUUUCAACUUUUGGAAGUGAGCAGGGAGCAUCAAACAGAGAUGAAGAUAUUAAUUUUGCUAGAAAUACCAGUUCUGGUUCACAGGAUUUGCAGGAAGCACAGAAGCAAUCUGCUGAAGUGUCCAAAAAAACAGAAUACGAACUUUGUGCACCUGCAGUUACUUAUGCAACCUAUCGAGGUUCUGCUCGAAUUAAACAGUUGCUUAAGAAACAAGCAAAAUUGGAGCAAGAUAAAGAAAACUUAACCAGCAUUAAUAUUUCUGUUGACAAAACCAAAGGAAAUCAGGCUAUAAAUGUGCUAAACUCAGAAGUUACCACAACAAAAACGGGAUUCUCAUUAAAGAAAAAGUCAAAAUCUGAGACUAAAGAUGACGAAAAAGAUUCACAAGCAAACAUAUUUUCAGCAGAAAUGAAUUUGGGAAAAAAUCCUCAGGAUAUCUUAGAUAGUAGAGAACACAAAGAACAGAAAAACAUAAUUGCAUUGUCAGCUGAAAUGGAAACUAUCAAAAACUGCAUUGAAGAGCUGGUUUCUGUGAAACAUGGCUCAGUUUCUAACACACCAGAAUUUAGCAGGAGCCUUUUGUUGGAGCCAAUAUUAUUGCCAAAGGAAGCUAAUCUGAAUUGCCAGAAUAAAGAUACUGUUAAAAUGUGUUCAGAAAAUAGCAGUUUGGUUGAAAAAACAGAGGAGAUUUUAGGGGAGAUUCAAAUGCAGCUUCAGUCAAACAACGCCGCUAUUAUUGGUGUUCAAAAAGAAAUGCAUUCUUGUAAUUUUCCUUUCACAGAAACAAAAGAGACAGUGAAAAAUGGCUUUCCAUCUCUUUCCCAAGUAGGUUCAACUGAUAGUGAACACCAGUUGCUAGAAGAUGAAUGUUCUUGUAAUAGUUUGACUCAGAAUCAGUUCAAAUUAAAAUUGCCGAACCAGACACUGUAUUUGAAUAGCACAAUUAGUGAUGGGCAGGUAGAUAACAGAACAGUAAAUAGAAAUGAAGAUUCACUUAUAAAAGUUUUAACUGAACAAAAGGAGCAAACCUUGCAGAUAAUUUCACCAGAUAUGCAGUUGCCACUCCAUGAACAAAGAGUUAAAGAAGAACUGGUCUUAGUUUUGCAGGAUAGGGACUGCAACAAAGCCCUUAAAGAAACAGCAGGAAUUGUUCUACCUACUGCAGCCCAACCCACAGAAACUGUUAAAGAUAUACUUAGUAAGAACAGUCCAGAAAGUGACGAAUUCACUGAGCCAGUGUUACACACAGGUAUACAGAACAGUACUAAAUUCUCUGUGAUUUCUGAAAUUGAAACUAACAGUCUUGCCAAAGAUACAUCUGCUGUAGAAUUUGACCAUAUUGGAAUGACAAAUGUUUUACCUAAUGCUACAGAGAUAAACAAUACCAACCAUUCUCUGUUAGCUGUUGAAUAUGAAAAUGUGGAAUCCCAAGGGCUAUGUAGUUUCUUAAAAAUGGAAGACAAUAGCAUUGUCAGAGGUAUUGUACCUUUGGACGAUGCUUUACAGAACUUUGAAGCUAAACAUGGCAGCUGCAGUCAUCUUUCCAAGAAAGGUGAGAAUGUCAGUCUGAUCAAAACAUCAAACAAUUUAGAUGUUGCCUUUCCUUCCCUUGAAUUAGAAAAAACAAAGCCUAUAAACAGCAAAGUAUCUGCUACCAUAGUCAAACCUAUUCCAUCAGCCCUUAAAAUGACAGAAGAAUCUCCUUCUCCUGUUGAAACAAAGGAAUUCUUCACAGUGUCUCCUUCUAAAGACAUGCAUUUGCCCAAAGAUUUGUCUCCUAUUAUGAAAUCAGAAAAUAAUAGUUUUUCAGUCCUUUCUUCUCCAUUACCUGAUCCAAUUAAUAAUUCUUUCAUCUUUAAGGAACAAUUCACCCACUUGGACACUAGGUCUAAGCCUGUGCCUACUUCUGAAGAUCAGUGUUUGCUGGAAGCUUCAUGUUCUUUGUUUGAUAAACCAGAAGGUACUAACCACUUCAUGAGAGCUCCUGCUGAAAUUGAUUCUGCAGAGAAUAGUUGUGGCAAAGUGAAUUGUUCUUUUUCUAUAUGUGAAAACAAUCAAGAUAGCGCAAAGUUAGAGACCUCUGGACCUUGGAAUCCUCAUUUUGCUGCUGAACCUGGAAAAACAGAUCAAAGUUACAAUGUUUGUUGGGAAUCUGGAAGCAUCAUUAAAACUAAGUUGAGCUCUGAAGCUGUUGUAAAAGCUGAUACGAGGGAAAAGAUAUUGCCAUGCUCUGAAGAAAUAAAAGAUAUAACUGGAUCUUGUUCAGUGGACUCAAGGUCCAUGAUGGUAAAAGAAGAUCUUCCUGUUCUUGAAAAUGUCUAUCCUAGCAAACCUCCUUCUCCUCUUCCUUGCUUUAAAGGCAUCUCAACUCCUUAUCCAACCUGUGAAAUACUAGAUGUUAAUACUAUCCAAGAGAACAAUUCCCUUAUGAAUUCUGAAACUGAUCUGGGCAAUACGUCAACUAAACAUAAAUUAAAUCGUCUACCCUUUGAAUCAACAUCUAAAGUCACUCACUCAGAGGUAUUAUUGGUCUCUGAAGCAGAAGCUAUAGAGCCUGCGAAGAUGAUAUUAGGGAUGGAGUUCACAACACAGCAGAGGAAAGAAGAGCAUAGAAUUCCUUUAGGGCAACUAAAUCUUCACUACCUUGCUACUGCUACUGCAAAAGGCCCUGCUAAAGAGCAUGAUCAAGCAAUUACUGGUUUGUUUAAAAAGUCAAGCAAAGGGGUUUUUGAGGAACCAUUGAAACAUGUUGAAACAGGAAAACAAGUACAAAUUAAAUCUCAAGAUUUAACUCUUUUGCUUAAAAAGGCUGAUGAAAUCGUUGAUUCAGUUCUGCAUUUAGCCAUGGAAGAAAUCAGAUCAAAGCAAACAGCUGGUGCCUGCCAGACUAAUGACAUUAAGGACAAUUUAUUAGAGCCCAGCCUUCAAAAAGAUCUGAAAAGAAGAAAAAUGCUGUCAGAAUCAAAAGAAAUCCAGUCAAGGAACUCAUCAUUAAAACAUUUUAAUGAGAGUUGUAUCAAAAAGCUUUCUGGGGUUAAAGGGGAAGACAUACUUGGCACAGAUAUUCAAGAUGAAAAUAUACUAUUUGACAUUACUGAUAAAAAUGACCUAUAUAGUUCAAUAGCAUUAAAAGCAAAAGAAAUAAUUGAUGAUGUUAUUAAUGCGGCCAAACUCAAACUGACAUAUUUUCAGGAUGAGGUUCCUUUGACCAAUGGUACUUCUCAAAAUAUACACCUUGAUGCCAAGACUGAAGCAUUAAACAGACUUCCUGCUGAUAGUGAAUUAAAAGCUAAACUUCCCAAAAUAAUCAAGGAACCCUUGAAUUUAGAUCCAGUAUACCCAACUGCAAUAGACAAGAUAACCAGCAAAAGUGAAAUAGAAAGCUCCUCAGCUGCUUUGUGUAUUGAUAGUAAAGAAAAUAGCAAAGCUGUGACUGGGGAAGUAGUGGCAAGUAAUGCAUUUUCAUGCCAAACAAUUGGAGAUAAAUGGUCUGAUCCCACAACUACCCUAGAAUACAGUCCUACAGAAACAGGAAAUGGCAAAUACAGUAGAUGUGAAAAUUGCACUACACAUAUGAUAGAUGCUGGUGACAACACUAGUAACUUGGCAGCCGACAAUAAGUUUAAGGAUUCCUUAAAUGUAAUACAAGAAGAAAUAGUUACAGCUGAAAUGCAGUUGCCAUCAUCUGUAUCUGUGCCAGUUUGUUGGGAAUCUGGAAACAUCAUUAAACAUCAUAUGCUAACUUCUAACUCAAACAAUGAUAUGUACACUCACAUUUCAUAUAAAUUCAAAGGUGAUUGUGGUCCUUUGAGUUCACUGCAAAAUGAUCUAGUGAAAGAUCUCCCUAAGUAUAUGUUUAAAGAAGCUGAGGCUGUUGCAGUUGUAAGAGAGGGACCACUUACAAAAUAUUACGAAAUAGAAAGCAACAGGGGAUAUGGAAAUAUGAAGAAAACUUGCACAGUGUCGCAGGAUAAAAAUAGAUUUGGUACCCAGUUCAGUCUGUCUGAAUCAUCUGUAACAAAUAGCUCAGCAAAGAAUGGGUUGAACUUAGAUUUUGCCAAUGAGGAAAAAGCAGUUACUGAACCAAGUUUAACUGUGGCUAAUGUGCUCAAUAAAUACUUUCUGGAUGCUGAUGGUGGUGAAGAUGGUGCUUUUUCUUCACCAAAGGAGAGGGAAGGCAAUUCUUCCUUCACUAUUCUGUAUGAUGGUGCUCUUCAAGAUGAAAGCUAUUGUUCUUCAACAGAAGAACCAGAGCAUGCCCUACCCCUUUCUGACUUCUCCCUGGAUAAUAACCAACAUCUUCUGAUGGCUGAAACAGAAAAAGGUACACUUGGGUCUGCUCAGCUUUAUGAAGAAAGUGACCAAUUGAAUAACAUCCUAGACAGCACUUGUUCAGAAUCAUUCAUGGUAGUAGAAGCAAAGCGAUAUAAGGUUUACCCCUUCUCUUUGUCACCUAUAUAUGAAGAUGACAGUUCUCAAGAGGACUUGCUAUCAACUGAUAUCUCACCAAGAAAUACUGAUGAAAAAUCAAGAGACAACCAAUCCUUAUCUGUCUUAUCACUCCUACAGUCAGUGUCUGAACGGUUAAAAUCUAGUAACCAGUGUAAUGAAGAAGAGGAAGAAGAUAUUUGUGAAGAGAAUGAACAGGAUGAAAAAGAUGCCUGCAUAUUAAGUCACUGGCCAAACAACUCAAGAACUGCAAAGUCAGAAAACAUUUAUGAGAGACACUCAGAUUUUCUUUCUAAACAAGCACUUGGCACAGAAGAGGCCUUAUCUUUUAGUUCAACAUAUGUAGCUCAACCUUUGCAAAAAUCUGAAUCUGUCAUGAAGUCUUUUCCCAAGAGUGUAUACUAUGAAUGUUUGCAGAGUUCAAGAAGUUACUCCAGUGAAAAUGGAACCAGAUUUGGAAGCAUGUUGUUUCCAAAGGAUCAGCAACCUGAAAGUAAUGUUGAUUUGCAAAGAUUGGCACCAUUUCAAGUGUGUCCUGUUGACAGGGAAAAACUCAAAUGCAAUCCAAGACCAGGAAAAAUGGUUAUUUGUGAUGUUCAUGGUAAUACAAAUAAAUAUGAAAUCUAUCACGAUGUGCUGAAUGCUAUGGCCUGGGUGUUUUCAAAAGAAGCAUUGAUAAGGGUUGUUAGAGGAUGCUGGAUUUUAUAUGAGAAACCAGGAUUCCAAGGCCAGAAAUAUGUUGUAGAAGAAGGAGAGAAGAUGCUGAAUGAAAUCUUGAAUCCUCACAGUGAGAAAUAUAAAGAAAACUUCAUAGUUGGUUCAAUCAGGCAAAUAGUGAAAGAUUCCAAUGUUCCUGAAAUACAACUUUAUCCACAAAAUGGCACAGAUAAUUCUCCUAUCUGCAUCCAAACAGGAAUUGCUGAUUUAGAAGAAUUAGAAAUCAAAAAUACUACAUUUUCUGUAAAAGCAGGAGUAUGGCUUGCUUAUUCAGAUGUCAAUUACAAAGGAGAGGUACAGAUUUUGGAAGAAAAUCACAGCCCAUAUGAAACUUCUGCAGCUGACCUAAAAUCUCUUUAUCCAUUGAAAAUGGGUGGCUUAAAGGUACAGAUGCCUAUGAAUAUUAAGGUAAUGAUAUACGAGAGACCACAGUUUGGAGGAUGGUGUAAAGACCUUUCUGAAAAUAUUGAUUGUGUUCCAAUGCUCUUCGAAAAUCCUGAUGAUUUCCAGGGGAUUGGAUCGAUACGUGUUAUUGGUGGAAUAUGGGUUGGUUAUACAAAGGAACGAUAUAAAGGUCAGCAAUAUCUGUUAGAGGAGGGAGAAUAUGAAAACUGGCAAUCAUGGGGUGCAGUGAGUGGCAUCUUGCUUUCUCUUCGAUUUUUGCAAGCUGAUUUUGUGGAGUCUGAAGUAACACUUUUUGAAAUGGAUGAAGAAAAUGGAAAGUUGUUGAAGAUUGCCAAUACAGAAAUUCCUGACUUGGAAAGGGCUGGGUUUGGGCUAGUUACAAGAUCAAUUGAUGUGAAGAGUGGAGUGUGGGUUGCCUAUCAGCAGAAGUACUUCUGUGGAGAACAGUAUAUAUUGGAGAAAGGAAAAUAUAAAUGUUUUUUUGACUGGGGAGGAGCUAGUGAAAUUAUCAUGUCAAUCCGUCCCAUUAAAUUGGAGCCACUAGGAAAUCAUGAACCAAUACACUGGAUUAAAGCUUUUAGUAACGCACAUUUCCAAGGAUCAUGUGUAGAUUUUACAACAGAAGUUGCUGACUUUGCAUCAUUCACUCCUUGUUCAUUUAAAGUUCUACGGGGAUCCUGGUUGCUACAUUACCUGGAGGAAACUGCUGAUUAUCAGUGUGUGCUGGAAGAAGGUCUCUAUGCUGACCUUGCUUCCUGUGGCUGUCCAGCAGCAGUGGUCAAGUCCCUUGAGCCUAUUGAAUAUGUUUUUGCUGAACCUUCCAUCAGCCUUUUUGCUUUGGAGAACUGUGAAGGCAGAGAGCUGCAUUUACAAGAAGCUGUUAGUUCAAUUCUGAAUAAGAAUCUUCACUUUCCUACACAAUCUGUGUGGGUGAGAAGUGGACUGUGGAUUGCAUAUGAAGGAUGUAAUUUCUUAGGAAAGCAAUUUCUCCUCAAACCCAGCAAGAUUUCAAACUGGACUCAACUUAGCAGAUGGAAACUAACUGGCUCCCUGCGUCCUGUAAAGCAGCCAGCAGUUUACUUCAGAAUAAAAAACAGAUCUCAAGGCAAAUUCCUGACAGUUGCUGGGAAUCUAAUGGAUGCAAGAGCGACAUCAGUAUGUCUUUCCCCAUUAAAUGGCGAGAAUACACAGAUCUGGAGCUACAGCUGUGGUCUCAUUAAGUCCAAGGUCAAUGAUGCUUGCCUUGACGUUAUUGGAGGCAGAGAUGUGCCUGGAGCCAAAGUAGCAUUGUGGGUAGAGCAUGGGAAGGAAAGACAGAAAUGGAUGCUCAACAAGGAUGGGACUAUUGGUUCAUACCUCCAUGAUCAACUUGUUCUUGAUAUCAAAGGAGGACAUUAUUAUGACAGGAAUCACAUCAUUGUAAACCUACUUGACACAAGUGAAUGCACUCAGAAAUGGGAUUUUGAAAUACUGUGAGUGUGUGUCACCACUACAGAUAGAUUUAGAAGCUUGGACCAACAUGGGCCAGAAAAGCUGGCAACAAACUACUGAAGCCACAGAGCUCUGGUACAAGUAUAAAAUCCACCCAAUUCUGCCAGCAGGAAAUUGAAGAGUACAAUCCAAUGCGUAAUCAGACAUGUAUGGCUGGAAAAUACUGGGAGUUGUAGGAUGUUUUCUGUCUAAACAUACAUAGGACUGUACCCUAAAUAGGCUGCUGAAAUCUAAGUAUAUUGUCCAGUUUCUAUUAAAGAAAGUGUACACACAAUACCAGAUGUUACAGUGCUGACUAUGCAGACGUUCUGUACUUAUUUUGUGUUCCUGUAAACAUUCUAAUUCUUUUAACCCUUCACCUUACUCUAUUAGAGCUAAUGAGGGCAACUUGCAAAAAGCUGAAAUGUCUCCAUCAUCUUCUACAAUUUUUAAGCUGUUAAGCAGAAGCAUUUUGAUUACUGCAUUACUUUGAUAUAAGUAUCACAUUUUUAGACAUGUUUUUUUCCUUAAAUGAAUUUCAUAAUUAUAUGUUGUGUUGACUGUAUUUAUCUAAAAAAAACCUCAGAAUGGAGAUAAACCUGUUAUGAAAAUUAUAACUAAAAGGGCAAAUCAUUGUGUGUUAAACUGACUGCUAAUUCUCCAUUUUAGUCAUAAAAUACUACAGGAGAACAGAUGUAAAACUUCUAGUGAGUAGUUUCAACUAUUUGCUAAAGCUGAAAAUGCAGUUUGAUAAGAGAACAUAUCCCCAGCUAGAAUCUUUUACAGAGCUACUUUCUGCUGAUUAAAAGAAAUGAUCUAAAGAAUUUUGUAUAUAUGAAACAAGCAGAUCUAUCAGAUCAUUUCACAAACUGAGAUCAUAUUUGCUUUAGAGGUCUGCAAUACAAUGUACCCAAUUCAAAUUACCAGUGUGUUGUAAGCUUGUUUUAAUGCUGCAAACACAGCAAGCAAGACCCCAACCAGUUAUUUUGGGCAAAUUUAUGAUUAGAUCUACCACCAUUUAUUUAUGUAAGCCAUCCUGAGGCUCUUGCAAAGGACGGCAUACAAAUAUCUUAAAAUAAAUUUUAUUUAUUUACUUAUUUUAAGUGGUAUUCACCUAUGUAACACCAUUUGCUUCACCAAAUUGAUAUAAAUCAAGAAAACUCUGUGAGGGGAAGGGAUUAAAAACCAGAUCCCCAUGGUGUUCUUAGCCAAUUCAGAGGACUGCAGCAGUUACUUCUUGGUGAAAAUUUUGUUUGGGGAUAUGAUCUCCCAUGUAUUUUGGCCCUUAGUCUGUCUCAUACGAUAACCACUACUGUCAUUUGGGUAUAUCUAACUUACUAAUGUUUGCACUGGUUCCCUCUAUAACCAGGAGAUGAAGUCUAUUUGCUGCAGCUACAAUCUGACCAAAGAUAUAGAUACAAGUAUUGCUUAUCUCCCUAAGACUCUAAUCCUAUACCCACUUACCUGAGAGUAAGCACUAUUAAACUCCAUGAGCUUUCAAAGUAGUGAUUACUUCUGACUGGAUUGUACCAUGUAUUUAACAAAUGUUCCUCACCAAGUCAGGACACCAAAAUUGGUUUAAAAAAAAAAAAACCUUACCAUAUCCACACACCUCAUCAUAUAGUUCCUCUGCUAGAGACAAAGCAUUGUGAAAUACACAACUGUCUAACCUAAUUGUUCUCUGGCUUCCUAGAAAGCAAUAUUAAAACUAACUGUAUAGCUCUAACCAAUGCAGUUAAAAAUAGUCUUUACAUUUCAAAAGAAUAUGUAACAGCUGCCCAUCCCUUCUAAUGAAAAGACUGGACACUAGUAGAAGUGAAAUUGUCAGCUCCUCCUCCUCCAUACGCCCCAAUAGUCAAAGCUCUCUUGGUGAUUUACAGCAGCAGAUAGGCCUUCACACCCUCACACAAACUCUUCUGUGUUCCGUCUUGCCAUCAACUUUUACACAACUCAGAAGAAAGUCGCUGAAAGCAUUAGUUCAGUGUACUACUAAAGGUUUGGAACUAGCCAUACAUGAAGCAGCCAUGCUUGCUUGCCUGAUUUGUGUUUUUAAAUCAAAAUUAUUCUGAAUAGCUUCUUUGGCAGGGCAAGAGACUUUGCGAGUUAGAUUGUGUAUAAAAGGGCUUUAUUUAUGCCACAUCAGCUUCUGCACUGGAAAGAACUGCAUGCUCAGGACCUGUUUGCUUGAUGCAGUUCUCUAGUCAGAUUGGAAACAGCACACAGAAGUUAGAUCAUGCUUUGCUUUAAGCUGCAACUUGGGUUCAGUAUUAUUAAAAAGUAUGUGGUUUUGGUAUAUCUUAGUGUAUUUUUUCAAAAAGAAAUUUUAAAAUUCACUAAAGCUAAAAGGUGCACAAUUACUCGUUUUUUUCCACAGCUGCAUAGUUUAGCACCAGGAAGACUCAAAUAUAAAAGCUUUAUUUUUAUGAAGAUAUGGCAUUAUUAAUAUAUUAAGAAAAUCUACCUGAGGGGUUAAACUACAAUUCAGCUACAUUGUGCCAGCAACCAUAAAACAACAAGCCCCAGACAGACACAUGGAUGGCUUCUGAAGAUAUGGAGCUCCGCAGGCUAAGCGACUACUUUCCUUUGUUGGGGCAGUUGCAAAGGUCGCUGACUUGAGACAGACCACUCUGACCCACAAGCUGUUGCAUUAACUGCUCCCUCUAUCUAAAUUGCAUUUUCAUAUCCCAAAGCAGGGAUGAGGAACAUGGACCACUACAGAUGUUUUGGACUACAACUCAUUGGCUACAGCUGGUAGGGGUUGCAGUUCAACAUGUGGAGGGCCAUGCCUCCUCCUCCACAUCCUAAAGCAAGUCUAGAUGUGUUAGCGCUGAGGGGGCCGUGUGAGCUGCAGCACUGGUGGAGGAUUUCAUCCUAUAAUAGCACUUUAGAUUGUAAAAUAAAUCAGGUAUUUCUUUGCAUUAUUUUUAUGUAUCUAAGAUAUAUAAAUGUAUUUUAGCAGUAUUUAAUUUUCUGUAUGUUACUCCAUCGAACAACUCUUAAAUAAAUUUAAUACACCUUUUUAAAAACUA